AUGCUGGUUUUUCUGGGAUUUCUUGGGUUAUUCGCGGUGUCGCUAGCCGAUCCGACCCCCGACCCGUGGGGAGUGUACGGUGAGGUAUGCAUGGCGAACACGCCCGGCGUGUACGACCCGGCCGAUUCGCAGACCGUUCCCUGGUAUACGGUCAAUUUGGAUGAGGACCCGAAGACGCGAUGGGCACUCGUGGCUCGAUCGAGGGCACAGGGGAUUCUGGAUACCCUGGAGACUGUCCAUCAAUUCAUCGGGGAGCACGGACUUCUUGGCGAGAUGGGAGAAUUGCUUUGGCAGAUCUUGCUCAAUUCCAUGGAUGAUGCCGUUUUCCACUUGCCCGAGCCUUACCGCUCUGAAAUACUGGGUUUCGCCGACGCGGCCAACAUCCCGGUCUCCAAGCUGGUGCUGCUCAACUUGUUCUACGAGAUCUCGAAAGGGUGCACCUCCAUCGUUGCCGAGGAUCCGAACGGAAAAAUUUAUCAUGCCAGAAACCAAGAUUUCGGCACGUUCUUCAUCUGGAACACCACGCUGGAGACGUGGCAGCAGACGAUCGCGCUCAAGAACAUCCUGAUCAACGUCAACUACAUCCGGGGCGGGAAAACGGUGUACAAGGGCGUCACCUUUGCCGGCCACAUGGGCGUUUUGACCGGAAUGAAGCCGCACGCGUUCACGAUCUCCACGAAUUCUCGAGCCGGAAAAUCUUGGGACAACCUGGCCGCCUGGUUCGCUGGGCAAGCAAACGAGCGCAUCGAGCUGAUCUGGGCCGACCGCCAGGUGCUCGAGGUGGCCAACAGCUUCGAUGAGGCGAUCGACUACCUCUCUACCGUGCCCCUCUUCGCCAGCGGCUACUUCAUCGUGGGCGGGCGGAAGAGCGGCGAGGGCGCCAUUAUUACGCGCGGUCCGAAUGGAACCGACCAUAUUGAGCGCAUCGACACGUCGAAGCCGGACGGGUGGUACGUGCUGGAGACGAACUACGAUUGGGACAAGGUUGAAUUCUACCUGGACUCCCGGAUCGGGCCCGGAAAUGACUGUAUGAAGCGGCUGACCAGGGCAAAUGUUGGGCUGGAGGGGCUUUAUCAGGUGCUGAGCAGCAAGCCGAACCUGAACAAGGCCACCGUCUACACCAGCGUCAUGCAGGUGGACGACCUCGCGUUCCAGUCGUUUAUCCGCGACUGCCCCAACCCCUGCUGGUUCGUG